AUGUCUGCUCAAGCCCCUCACAACACUUUGCUCAUCCCGGGCCCCAUCGAGUUCGACGAUGCUGUGCUGCAGUCGAUGGCCCACUACGCUGAGAGCCAUGUGGCUCCCGGCUUCGUCAAGGUCUUCGGCGAGACCUUGACUCUGACGCGCAAGCUGUUCCAGUCUACCGACCCCUCAGCGCAGCCCUUCAUCAUCUCCGGCAGUGGUACCCUUGGCUGGGAUCUCGUCUCUUCCAACCUGAUUGAGCGUGGUGAUAAUGCCCUUGUCCUGAACACUGGCUACUUCGGUGACUCCUUCGAGCAAUGCCUGUCAACAUACGGUGCCCAGGUCACCCAGCUCCGUGCCCCCAUCGGCGAGCGUCCCUCUCUGGAACAGAUCGAGCAGGCUUUGAAGGAGAAGACCUACAAGCUCAUCACCCUCACCCACGUCGACACCUCCACCGGUGUUCUGAAUGAUGUCAAGAGUAUCGCUCAGCUCGUCCGCCGGGUCAGCCCGGAGACCUUGGUGAUCGUGGAUGGUGUGUGCAGUGUCGGAUCGGAGGAGAUCGCUUUCGAUGAGUGGGACCUCGAUGCUGUCGUCACUGCUAGCCAGAAGGCUAUCGGCUGCCCUCCUGGUCUGAGUAUCGUCAUGACCUCCGGCCGCGCCAUUCAGCGUGCCACCACCCGCCAGACCCCUCCCGGUUCUUACUACGCUUCUAUUGCCAACUGGCUGCCCAUUAUGCGCAACUACGAGAACAACAAGCCCUCGUACUUCGCUACCCCUCCCACUCAGCUCAUCCACGCCCUGCACACUACCCUUAGCCAGAUCACCGCCCGCCCUAUGGCUGAGCGCUUUGCUAUCCACACCCAGGUGUCCGACAGCGUCAAGGCUGCUGUUGCCCAGCUGGGUUUGAAGCAGCUGGCUCCUAACCCAGAUGCCCAGGCUCACGGCAUGACUGCCAUGUACCUGCCCGACGGUUUGACUCCUCCCGAUGUGCUUCCCGGUCUGCUGAAGCGUGGUGUCAUCUUCGCAGCUGGUCUGCACAAGGAGAUUGCUACCCGUUACAUUCGCUUCGGUCACAUGGGUGUCAGUGUUACUGACGCCAACCGUGGUGACAUUGACAAGGCCUUGUCUGCGCUGAAGGAGGCUCUUGCCGAGGCCAAGCAGGCCAAGGGACUGUAA